UAAUAGGUAUUCUUUGGCUUGGCUUUUCGAUUCAAUUUUUGUAAACCCUGUAAAAAUUACAAACGUUAGAAAUCUUUUAUCAUUAGUAGUUUAAAUAAAUAAAAUAAGAAUGGCAAAGAGAAAGAAUAAACCUUUAAUUGAUUCUGAUUCCAGCAGCGAAUGUUCCGACCUGGACUCUCAAUUCUUAAAUUUAGCAAAAAAGAAGAAAAAGCCAGGGGAAUCUCCGCCACAGUCAAAGGACAAAAGCCAGUCAUCAGAUAGUGAGUCAGAUUGGGAUGAAGAUGAUAAAAAAAAUGACAAAUCAUCAUCAUCCUCGGGCUCAGAAUCCAACAGUGAUGCAAAAAGUGAUACAUCAAGAAAAGAACAACAAAAACCUUCACGAAAGAGCUCAUCAGAGGAAGAUAGAAAGAAACCGGAGCCAAAAAGGAGUGAAAUUAGAAAGAGUAUUGACAGUACCGGUUCUGGCCAAAAGAAAGAUACAUACAGUGAACCAGAAGAAGGUGAAGUGUCGUCACAUUCAUCUGAUAAUGACUCAAUCGAUUCAGAAGAGGAAUUCAAUGAUGGAUAUGAUGAGAAUUUAAUGGGUGAUGAAGAGGACAGAACACGCUUGGCCGCUAUGUCUGAGAAGGAGAGAGAACAAGAAAUAUUCAAGCGUAUUGAGAGACGGGAUCUUAUGAAGACCAGAUGGGAGAUAGAGCGUAAGUUGCGACUGGCGCGGCGAUCGGCGGCGGAACGAGGGGCGUCGCCCGGUGAGCUGCAGCGCAGGAGAGAGAGGAGGAAACAGAGACGAGCAUUGAAGUCACAGCGAGAACGGAACGCCAAAGAAGAGCAGAACAGAGAGAAACGGGAAUCUGAUGUAGAAGAGCCAAAAGAAGAAGAAAAAGAAGUAUCACCAUCGAGUCCAAGAGAAAUAGCUGAUGAAAAUAAAGAUGCAGAACGAAACACAGAGCGGGGCGGUUCGCCAUUGUUCGGCGCUAAGAGCGAGCGCAAACGUAACGUGGACUCCGGGCGGCUCAACGCAAUGGCGGCGCUACGGGCUCAGAGGGACGCGCGCGUUAAACUCGCCGAGACCAAGCAGCGGAGGCUGGAACAACAGCGGGACAAGGACAAGGAAGACGAUGAUGCGGACGCUGAACUUAUAGGUGGCUCGAGUAAGCAAAGCGUGAAACUUAAAGCUUCCGACAUCUACUCGGAUGAUUCCGGGAGUGAUUCUGAGGAUAAUAAAUCUCAAGGUCGCCGAAGCUCGUCUUCUUCUUCAUCGUCCGAAGGAGAGGAAGAGGAUAAGAGAGAGAGACAGAGACAGGAGGUGGAGGUGAAAUAUGCAGACAGUACAGAUCAAAUCAAUAAGUUGAGGCUUAGCAGAUUCAAACUGGAGAGGUUGGUGCAUCUGCCGUUCUUCGCGCGUGUCGUCAACGGAUGCUUCGUGCGGAUUGGCAUCGGGAAUAAUAAUGGCAACCCUGUAUACAGGGUGGCGGAGAUAAUAGACGUAUACGAGACGGCGAAGGUGUACAACCUGGGCAACACACGCACCAACAAGGGGCUCAAGCUGCGACACGGAACCCAGGAUAGGGUGUUCCGGUUGGAGUUUGUUAGCAAUCAGGAAUUCACGGAUUCGGAGUAUCAAAAGUGGAGCAAAGCAAUAAAGGACGCGAACAAAAGACCACCAACAAUGGACUUUGUCAGGUCGAAGAUUAGUGAAGUGAAAGACGCGCUCAUGUAUGAGUUUAAGGAAGAAGAUGUUGAAAAAAUAGUGGCGGAAAAGGACAGAUUCCGCUCCCACCCGACCAACUACGCGAUGAAGAAGACUCAACUGAUGAAGGAGAGAGACGUGGCCCAACUCAGAGGCGACGAUGAACUUGUAAUGGAUCUGAACGCAAAGCUGCAAGAGUUAGAAGACAGAGCCAGUCAACUGGACAAGACCAGGACAUCUUCCAUCCAGAGUAUAUCAUACAUUAACAACAGGAACCGGAAACUAAAUGUGGAGACUGCUGAAAAGGCUAUCAUGGAAGAGAUCAAAGCAAAUAAGGGCAAGAAGACAGACGACCCCUUCACGAGGAGACACACUAAGCCUGUGAUGAACUUCAAGUCACACCAAGGCGGCCGGAGUCAGGAGCUCGAAAGGAAAGAAAUCGAAGCCGAGGCGCAGAAGCAGAGAGACGAAGAGGAGAGAGAGAUUGAGAGACAAGAGAGGGAGAAGGAGAGAUUGACGCAACCUCAACUCUCGCCAAGCGACGUGGAAGUACCUCACAGAGAAAAAAACUCUAGUGAUAGCACAAGUUUGUACUCUUUGCAUGACUUCGAUAUCAACAUAGACAUCGACCUGCCCGUUGCGAAAGCUGUGUCCUCACAACCGAAGCAAAUAUCGACGAAAGUGAAAGAGAGUGGGCCGAAGCGAUCGUUAAAUCUAGACGAGUAUAAGAAGAGGCAUGGCCUUAUAUAGUUGUUGUAUAAUUUGUAUGUGACUAGGCUAGCGAAAUGACCGUGAAUCAAAAUGAGGAGGAAAUGCUCGUAUUGUUUUUUUUCUUUAUUUAAUUUACAUUGAAAAAGCUUUUGCUUGGAAUAAUUGGCCAUUUUUAAAUGAUUACCCGCACUAUUGGAAUUGAAUUAAAUUUAAUGUGUACCACAACUGGAGAGUUGAAAAAAGAAGAAUUUAUGCCAUGCGUCAUCGUACGGUCGGCUUACAAAUUUAAUUCGUUAUUAUUUAUUAUUUCCUAAAACGGCUUCAUUCGACUGUAAAAUGGGGUCAGACUUUUUUUUGGGGCGCAAACGGGCGAAAGGCUUACGUGGUGAGUCAACAGCCCAUGGACAUACGCAACACGAAUGGUCAAGAAAUGUGUUCUUUAAGAUGGGAGUAUGAAUCGAAUCUUGAAGCUGCCUAAGUCGUAUCGGUAUCGUGUAAGUCGUAAAUUUGUCAUAUAAUAUAUAUUUUUUAUAAUAUUAGUAAUAGUUUUGAGUAAAUUGAUAAUUAUCAGCAUUAUUACAUUGCAAGUAAGCCUUUGCUGACAAAAAGAAAAGGCUAACAGGCCUGACGAACUCUGUUUUAUUUUUAUUAUUUAUUUUAUCAAUAUAACUUAUAACGACAUAAAUAAUUCCUCGCCUAAAGACGUGACGUUUAUCAGCGAGAUGCAGUAAUUAAUUUUAUACAUAACCUAGCAGUGCACAAAUUUGAUCUUAAGGUUAUAAUUUAGGUAAAAUGAGAAUAACCACAUAUGGUACCCAUACCUAACCUAUACCUCGUUAUACGUGUAUAUUGCCAUGGCCUUAUGUGGCUUUAUCAAUAGUAAAAUAAGACAAAACUGAUGAAGUUGGUGAAUACAAAAUUUCAUCUAAAUCGUCCAGGUAGGUAGUUCAGUGAAAAAUAGAAGAAUAGAAAAAUGCUAGAUAUUUAUUUUAGAACACGGUCAUUUUGUGGCCUGGUCAAGUGUGAGUGAGAUUACAUAUGACGGCGAAUAGUGUAAGUAUCGUAUAAAAUUAUAGUUUUGAAUAGAUAAUUAUGUAUAAUGCGAAUUAAAGCUCGGUAAUCUAGUUAGUUACAGCUGUCGCCAACUUUCGUUGCACUCGGUACGACAAUUUUUCAUUUAAUUACAAUGGUUUAUACGUGACCACGCUGCCGGUAAGUUUUGCGAUUCGUCGGGAUAAAUAAAAGAAUUUACGUGUUUUAAUAAUUUUUAAACUAGUGUCUGAGCUCUGAUUGGUAAUUGAUAAAUGAUUAAUGGGCUGAUGCUACAAGAAAACGAUUGAACCGAAACUGUGAAGGAUAUGACGCCUAACACGGAGAGAGAGAGAUAUACUUUGAAAACAGGCUUGAAAAGUCUUGUCUUCCCCGAGAUAUCUUAACAAGAAUGAUCAUCAAAAUUUGAUUUUCACCUUACAGUAUGGCUCUUUUAACAUAUUUUGUAUAGGACGUAAUUCUAAGAAGUCACAUUCUGUGACGUCACUACACUAUGCUCGUUUGAAUUUUUGUUUGAGUUUAAAUUAUAGUAACUUUAAAACUACUCGCUUACUUAGAGAUACUCUUCGUUACUUGUAGCAUAUAAUUAGAUUUUUAUUGAAUUGAUAACUUCUUAUGGGAGGGCAAACCGCUUCGUAACGUAACGCGUUACGCGGCGCUAGUUCCCUUUCUCUCACGCAUACGGCAGCGGUAGGCAGGCUCCUCCUCUCUCACUCUAACCAAUUGUUAUUUUUAUAGGAUUAAAUAAUGUACAUAUUCAAGAAUUGUAACUAAGAAUUAAAUAUAUAUUAUUUUUAUUAAUAACAAACAAUAAUCACGUGGUGCUUAGCGAUCACCGCUGCCUACUCUCAGAAAGACUACGUCGCCGGCUUUAAGUACCUACUUAAGUUUGUUCUGUAGAUUGGUUUCGACAUGUACCUACAUUUAACAAGUCUGAGUGUCACAAGAUUUGGCGAUGGCGAAUUGUCCUCAAAGAUUUUGUAAUAAUGUUAAGCGAUCGAUAAAACGUCAAUAAUCUUCGUUAUAAUUACUAACAGGACGCAUAAGACGUAAGCGUCGAAUUGAAAGCCAAAAUAAUCUUUAUACAAAUAGGCUUAAUCUGGGUGCUUCUAAAUCGUCAUUAAAAAUAUUUCAUUUAACUAAAUAAAAUGGUUCUACCAUAUUAUGUUUGGUAAAAGUAGAGCUAAUGUGAAGAUCAGAAACUGCGUCCAAUAAUAUGAAUCAUGUUCAAAGUUAUGAGCGUUUAAAAUAUCAAAUGUUUCUUAAAAAGUCAUAAAAAUAAAUUAUAUAUAUAAAUUAUCGUACAUUGGAUGCAUCAUCUUAAUCGUUCUAACCCAGAACGCUCUAAUAAAAGGCGAACGCUUUCAGAUAGCACAUUACAAAAACAUCUCUAGCAACAAUAAAACACAUUAGCCAGUAACCGUUGUGUACGGUAUGUUGUGAUUUUUACCGACCAAUCACGAUACGCUGUGAUAAUUACCCGACCAAUCCACAAACAGUACUUUGCGCUUACUCAUUUCAGCUGGUUGUCUGAAUUGUUAGCAAUAUUAAAGCUGAACUGAAAUGAAAUUUAUUUAUUACUUCGAUUACAGUAUACAUUUGAGAUCUUAAAUUUAUUGUAGUGUUUUCUAUUCGGCUAAUUUAAAUAACCAUGCAAAAAGUUUACUAAGUCGUAAGACUUUAAGCUGAGAUCUAUAGAGCGAACUCAGACUUUGCUCAGACUUUACUUACGUUAAACUUAGCUUAGUUCCAGCUUAGCGCAAUCCUUGAUUUGAUAUUUAUACUCAUUUGACAGCUGAGAUUAUGCUAAGCUUAAGAUAUGACAGACCAAUAGAAAGUCGAGCGCGCGAUUCAUUAUAAAAUUCAAUAGAAAGUAUAUUUAUUUAUUUAUUCGGAAGCCCAACAAUCGCACACUAAUACAUAACUUACAUACAAAAAUAAAAAAUAUAUAUAUCUAAGUGUACAGAUAACUUACAGGGUUACACAUCUUUCAUUAUCUGUUACCUUCUCGACUAUACUAUACAACUUGUUUAAAGUUAAAUAUUAUGUUAAAAUUAAAAUUAAGUCUAAUACAAAACAACAGCAUUUACAUCUUAUAAAUUUUAGUACAUUUAUUUAUAAAUGUUGUAAACCCAUCUGCACCAAUGUCCAAGUCUGGUAUUUUAUUUAGGUACUCAUUAUAUUCUCUUGCCAUUCGCUCGAUUGGAGAAUUUUUACCCAGGUUUGUAUUUACUUUCAUUAGUGUAAAAAAUGGACGUUGGCUUCGAGGGGCACUUCGAGGUACAUAAAUACAGAAUUUCGUCAGCAAAUAUAUUCUAAAUUAUAACAGUAUCCAUAACUUAUUUGAUUAUUAAUUUUAUUGAAAUAAGUGGAAAUCAAUGGCUGAUUUAUGUGGAAUGCGGACUUGUUAACUUAUUUGGUUUGAGAAACGGCACGCAUUUUAAGAUGAGUGACAGCUAUGGGUGACAGCAGACAGUUUAUUAUACGGGAAUUUUAAAACGUCGAACAGCAGCAGCUGUUGUGAUGACGCAUGGAAUUGUUGAUCUCCUUUUUGUUCGGCUUAUAGCCUGAGAUUUUCCAAAGUCGUCGUUAUGGUGGACUUAAGCUUAGCUGGCACUCAAAGACAAGUUUAUAAAUAAAAAAGUGUGUGUGUACUUAUGUAUGCAACAAGAAGUUUUACUUCUUUGGCCUAACAAAGCAAAAAUCUUGCAACGAUGGCUUUGACAAUUAAUUAAUAAAUUACUUAUGAGGCUGUACGGGCUUGAACCCUUUGCCGUUCCUAAUAAUGGACGAAGAAACAAAAAAAAAUUACGAAUGUCGCAAAUGAAAAUUUUAGGAACCAACUUCAACCAGUUACUUUUGUGAUACAGUGAUGCGCGCGCAUCUUAAAAUUUCACUCUCAUAAUUUUUUCAUAACGCGCCUAAAGAAGUAUAACUUCAAUAUAGUCUGAGUACGUUCUAUAGAUUUGAGCCUAAGAGUCUAUUGGGUCAUAUCAGAAAAUAAUUGAUUCACUUUCACUAUUCACUACAUAUAUAAGUACUAUCAGCCAUCAUCUAAAAAUCGUACUCCCAAAUCUAUGAAAGGUUAUUUUCUGAUUUACGCUCUGUACGGCUUUUGCCAACUAAUAUGUUGAUAACCUAAAUGAAUCAUUUUAUUAUGAAAGACACCUUUAACCAUUACCACUUAACUUUGCAACAUACAUUUCUUUCAAUCCCGCAAAGUUUACUUUCACUUGUGCAGAUUAUAUAUAUCUAUAGUAAUAAUUUAACCCAUUAAUGGCCGUUCCCAAUAUUCAGUCUAUCGACGGUAACUCACCUUAUCCGUACACUCUGUCUGUCAACGGGAGGACGUAUAGCUUACCAGCGAUAGAAAUUUGUAUGGAAGAAUAAGACGAUACGAAUGACUUAUCGGGAAUAUUGGGUCAGCUUCAGAUUAUUGACAAGUAAUUACUGACAGUAGAAGGUAGUAAUUUAUCUCUUAUCUGAAGAUAGUAUAUUGGGAACGGCCGUUAAAAUCACGUGAUAAUUGAGGUAUUUGUACUCAUUCUAAUUCUAUUUAUUGAAACAACCAAUUAUACUAGCCGCUAGUGGUCAAUUAAUUUUAAAGAAAUAAAAUUAUCGAAGUAGGUACUCGCAUGAUCUUAAGAUCGUGACUCAUACUAAAGACGAGUCCCAAGCGAGCGAUAUUCGACUUAAUAAUGUAUUAGUCUUAGAUUAAGGAUAGGUCUCCGCUGCGCUCCAACUAGAUACUGCACUACCUAAGAACAAUAGCUUUUUUAUUACGGCAACUAUUAGAUGCUUGUGUGCGUGGCAUCUUGACAUUCAAUGGAAUAUUUCAAACAAUGCUUCGUGUUAUUUUACAUUGAAAUUAAUAAAAUACAAAAUACUGAUGAUAUGUGAUCGUCACACAUUGUUAGAGACUGGCUCGAGUACGUCCAAUUGGGCGUAGUAUAAGUUGCUGAACCUGCGACUAUGCCUGCGGUAUCUAGUUGGAGCGCAGCGGAGACCAAUCCUUAAUCUAAGGUAUUAGUUUAGUUUAAUUUAGUUGUACCAGUGACACGUUAUGAAAGCUGUUUCGACAUUUACGUGCAUAUCGUCUGUAAAAGAAAACUUGGCAACAAACAGAUAGAGACAGAAAUACGCGCCAUAUUAAUACCGCAGUGUUGCGUUACUUUGUCUUUAAUAUCGCUAGAUCCGCUUUUCUUUUUUUUCUCUCUCCCGCACCCUGUCUAUGGGCCAAACUAUCACUUAUGUUUUUUUUUAAUUGUAUGGGAUGCGAGUCCAUAUUCCGCGCCUAUCACUUGACAUAAUAUUCGUUAUAGUUAAUUGUUCAUAUUUAACUGCCCAUAAAAUAUAGUAGUCUAUUGCUUCUCGCAUCAUUCAAUAUUUUUUAUGAGUAGUAGUAGAUACUUUAUGAGAGAACAAAUAUCGAAACGCCAUUAUAGCGUGUUGCUUAGUUUAGUGUUUAUUAAGUAUUUUUAUGUUGUCCUUACUGUUACAAAAAACUAACUGUUUAAACUAAUUAAGUUGUAACUAAUUUACAAUCGAGUAGUAGUAUUUUGGCAAUAAUUUUGUCUUUAAGUGUACUUAUAACAAACAGCCUUACAUUAUCGAUUAAAUUAGAAUUGCCUUUACUAUAUAGUGUAGAUGCCAUUUUUAUUGUAUUAAUAAAAUGUUUUCAUUGUAUUUAUUUUAAAUACAAUUUAUUUAUAUUUGUAUUAAUAAACUGGAACACCGCAAGAGUGGAAUUAAAUGAUGAUAACUUUGAA